CCCCCACCCCCCGCUCCGGAACAGCCCCCCAUGGGCCGGCGAUGGAGGUGAGGGGUCACAUCCUGCCCGCCCCCGGCACCUACAGCCCCGCAGGGUCAGUUCCGGGCCGGCUGCAGGAGCUGCGGGAGCGGCAGCGGGGGCUGCGCCAGGCGCUGGGGCUGCGCCUGCGGGAGCUGCGGCGCCUCUGCCUGCAGGAGGCCGAGCUGACCGGGAAGUUGCCCCCCGAGUUCCCCCUGGAGCCCGGAGAGAGACCCCAGCCCCCCCCCCGGCGCCGGGCCGGGGUCCCCCCGCGGGGCCCCCCCCCCGAGGUGUGCCGAGCCCGGCGCGAGGCGCAGGCGCAGGCGCAGGUCCAGGCGCAGGUGCUGGAGGCCGCCCGACGCCUCGCGGCCGUUCCGGGGCUCCCGCCCGAGCAGCGGCGCCGGCGCCUCCGGCUCCAGGCCGAGGCCGCCCAGAGACUGCGGCAGCUCCGGGCGCAGCUCGGGACCCCCGAUGAGAACGGGUCCCUGAGCGAGCUGCCCGCGCUGGAGAACGGUGAGGGGGGCCCGGCGCGGACCCUCCCCCGCAGCGCCUCCAGUUUCGAGGGGCGCAGCGUCCCGGCCACGCCCGUCCUGGCCCGGAGCCCCCGCGGGGCCCCCCAGAACCGCGCCGCCGGGACCCCCCCGGGCUCCCCCACUCGCUCAGCUACGCCGGGGCCCUGCCCAGGGGCGAGCUCAGCCAAUCAGCGGCAGGGAGAGGCGGGCGAGGCGCGCCGCUAUUGGUCGGCCUUGAGGCGGCGCGCUGCCAUUGGCUGCGGGGGCGGCGCGGGGGCGGAGCGAGGCGCGCGGCGGGCGCCGGAGCGGCGGGGCCCGGUAGAGCGGCUGAGGUGA